AUCCAAAUCUCAAUGGACGCGAUCUUGGCAGCAGCGACCGGGUCGGACGCAUGGACCGCCGCCGUCGUCGCCUUUGCCUCGUCGGCCAAAGACGCGGCGACCUUUGACAGUGACCGCGCGCUCAAAGCGGACGUGUGUGCGAUGCUGUGGCAGGCGUUGCGGGACCCAACAUUGCCGGGCGCAGGCAUCCACGCGAGCUUGACGGUCUGUAAAAUCCUCAUGCGGGAGCGUCGGGACAUUGCCGUCUUGCUCUCGACCGAGGCGUUUGACGUCUUCUUGCGGCACGCGGCCAGACCGUACGCAACGAAAGCGAGCAAUGCGGUCCAGCUCGAGGCCAUUCGGUGCAUGGUCAACGCCGUGUACAUCCGCCCCGCCUUCGUUGAGCAACUUUUGGCCACCGCUCAGUACGACGCUCUACUGGCGCUAUCGGCGUCGUCGCAGACCAUGGAGUUCCACACGCUGCUCUGGAAGUGCAUUCUUGCCACGUUCGAGCAGCCGCGUGCCAUCACCACGGCCAUUACGGCACUUCACGUGUACGCGACGAUCCUGCCCACGGCGGCGUACUGCAUUCGCAGCCGGGACUUUGCCUUUUCGUCGCCCCAGAUUGCACUUGUCGUCGAGCUUGUCAAGGCCAUCUUUGUCAUCACGUCGCAUCACAAGGAUGCAAGUGUCGAUGCGCCAUGGCCCGCCGUCGACGAAGCGAUGCCGCUGCUGUGUGACCUCCUGCAGCUACCCAACACGGCACCGAUCCUCGAGCUCAAGCUGCAGACUGUCAACUGUCUCAUGGUGCUGCAGCACCCAACGUACAUUGAGUACCUAGUGACGCACAACGCCGCUUCGGACCUACUAACGUUCUUGGACUACAUGCUCCUCAAGGUCCGCCUUGAGAAGACCAAGAAAGCGGGGGACGUGACGCCGCUGCUCAUUGGGCUCAACUUGCUCUCGACCACGCACGCUCGCUUUCGUGACGCUUGCAAAGCGGCCAUCUUUGGCGCGACAGAUCUGCCUCUGCCGUCGCCGGAAGGGCUUCCCAUGUCGCCGCAGCCAAGCGCCAAGUUCUCGCUCCAAGAAGGUCUUUUGAGCUUCAUGACGAGCCUCGACACGGACCUCAAGCGCUGCGUGAGCGAGUUCUUCUUUACCCUCUGCGAGCAGAACCCGCUCGAGUUUACGCAGCGCACGGGCAUGGGCAACGCCGUCGCCUUGCUUCGCACAAAAGGACUCGUCUAGUCAAUAGAAGACGAAGUACUAGCACCCUCAACGAUCUCUUGGUUUAUAAAGCUCGGCACUGAAAUGGCACUCGGCUUACGGGGUCGUGAUCUGGA